AUGGAGAUUGCUCCAUCUAAAGAAGGGAUUCUUGUCUCUCAAAGGAAGUACAUUCUAGAUUUACUCAAUGAAACGGGCAUGCUUGGAUGUAGACCAAUUGAUACCCCUAUGGAUCCCAAUAAGAAGAUGAAGACAAGUGAAGAGAGUGCUCCAGUGGACAAAGGGAGAUAUCAAAGACUAGUGGAAAAAUUGAUAUACCUCUCACAUACUAGACCAAAAAUUGCAUUCUCAAUUAGUGUGAGAAGCAAGAAACAAUCAGUGGUUUCUAGAAGCAGUGCCAAGUCAGAAUAUCGUGCACUUGCUCUAAGUAUAUGUGAGGGAAUGUGGCUUCAGAGACUACUUAGGGAACUUGGAGCCAUCACAGAAAACACCACAAGAAUGCCUUCAGACAGCCAAGCUGUUAUCAGUAUUGCUAAAAAUCCAGUCAUCACGACAGGACAAAACACAUUGAGAUAG